UAGAAGCGUUGAUGGUCUAAUUCAAUAAAGAGACGUUGCUGCUCAAUGUUAUUGUUUAGCGUUACUGUACGCUGAGCGGCUGCUACAGCCUAUUCAUUGUGCAAACCUCGGGAAGUCCACUUUUGCGUCACCGUGUCCAGCUCCAAGCUACCUUUCCCGCUCCACGAGAAGCGCGCGGGACAGUUGCUCGACAACUCUGAUGCAAGCUUGACGUUAAUUAAGUGUGUUUUAGUUCAUUAUGGCAGGAGAAGAUUUCCAGCCGAGUUUGAGUUACAGAGGUUGUGUGGAUUAUUGCAUACCAGAUUUAUCCCCCGUUAACAAAAUAUGAGGAACAAAUCGUCUGUGCGCAGUUAGGGAAGUAGCCUGGAUGCGCACACUGUUCUAGAACGGCGGAGGAUUCCAACAACAUAGGUGGAUGUACUGAACUAGAUUUUCUGUGAAGGUUUAUCCAGUCACUGGGUGCCUCUGCACCAUGGUGGUUUUAUCCGAUGGCUCUCCCCUGAGCCAGCCAUGCCCCGGGGGGCCGGUUCAGGUCGGUUUCUACGAGAUCAUCAGGACGCUGGGGAAGGGAAACUUCGCUGUAGUUAAACUGGCUUGUCACAAAGUCACAAAAACCCAGGUGGCCAUUAAAAUCAUUGAUAAAAAGAGACUGGAGCCCUCUGACCUGAAGAAGAUCUACAGAGAGGUCGAGGUGAUGAAGCUCCUCAACCAUCCGCACAUUAUCAAGCUCUAUCAGGUCAUGGAAACUAAGGACAUGUUGUACAUGGUGAUGGAGUAUGCCAGGAACGGAGAGAUGUUUGACUACUUGUUGUCGUCGGGGCGGCUGAGUGAGAGUGAGGCUCGCAGGAAGUUCUGUCAGAUCCUGUCAGCGGUGGACUACUGCCACAGCAACCACAUCGUCCACAGAGACCUGAAGGCUGAGAACCUUCUGCUGGACUCCAACAUGGACAUCAAAGUAGCAGACUUUGGUUUUGGGAACUUCUUCAGUGAAGGACAAUUUCUGUCCACCUGGUGUGGGUCCCCGCCCUACGCCGCUCCAGAGGUGUUUGAGGGGAUUGAGUACGAGGGGCCUCCUCUAGACAUCUGGAGUCUGGGCGUGGUGCUGUACGUGUUGGUGUGUGGCGUCCUGCCCUUUGACGGCCCCUCCCUCCCCGCGCUCAGACAGAGGGUCCGGGAGGGCCGCUUCAGAAUCCCCUUCUACAUGUCCCAAGACUGUGAGAACCUGGUGCGGAGGAUGUUAGUAAUUGAACCGGCCAAGCGGAUCACGGUGGCCCGGAUCAAGAAGCACCGCUGGAUGAAGUCGGACCCCCCGGCCACGGCAGCCCCUCCAGAGACGCCCCAGCCGACCCCUGCCCCUGAUGCAGAGCCCUGUCUGGGGGAGAAUUACAGCGAGCCGGUACUUGGCCUCAUGCAGACCCUGGGCAUCGACCGGCAGAGGACCAUUGAGUCUCUUCAGAGCAGCAGCUACAACCACUUCUCUGCUAUCUACCGUCUCAUGCUGGAGAAGGUGAAAGAGCUCCGCUCCCUCAGACUGCCCCAGAGCACCGAAAAGGUGACCCCCAACCCUGACCACGACACUCUGCUACCGACCUGCAUUAGUGAUCAGGAUCACCAUGGAAACCAGGGGAGGGGCCACAGGAAGGGGAGCUGCAAGAGGAGGGAGUUGCAGCAACCCUCUCCUUAGACCCCUCCCACAGACACACUCUGGCCGAGGUCUCUGCCAGCCUCCAGCAGUGCAGCCCAUCUUGUGCUGUGGUAAACUCAUCCGACCAAGCUUCCUCAGAUAGUUUCUCCUCUUCCUCCUCUUCCUUCUCUGCCAGUCCCAGCCUGUCCAGCCCAAUUGAGGACCCCUAUAUGUUA